CGCUAACCCAAGACGGAAAUGACACAAGGAGUCUUUCGGACUAGUCAUAUUAUACAGCUGACAGCUGUUAAGCCUGCUUAUCACCCCCGAACUUGCAACCAUUUCUGUACCUCAGUUGCACCUCAGGGCAUGACGCGAUGCCUAAUUCAUAGUUAGGAUGCACCUUCUUACACAUAAUGCUGUUAAAUAACCCGCUUGCGAUAUGGCGACUCGUCGGCACACGGCAUGGGCAACGCCAGGUCACGGGAGUCAGCACCAAGUCUCUACCGCCGCCAUCCCUCAGUGGUGGUGCUGUCACGAAUCCUCGCAGCGCCUAUAAUCCUCUGGUCUUGGCGUAUCUAGGGGACGCCGUUUGGGAGGCACACACUCGCCGCUUGGAAGUCGAGAUUGAAACCAUCGUCAGCCAACUUCAGCAACAGACAUGGUCAACUGCCAGGAGCGACGAGUCACGCAGCCAGCCCCGACCUGCACGAGGGCGCGGUAGCGGGCGGGGAGCGCGAGGACGCGGUGAUGACAGGGCUCGUUCCAGGGCCAGCGAAGGAGCAGCCGCCGCCAGCAGCCACGGUGUUUGCGACGGUGGUGAAUUCGGCUUCCCCAGCCGCCAGCAACGCAAGCAGUGGUCCACAGCCAACUUCCAGGCGCUAGUCUUCGAUGCGCUCAUGGCGGAGGGCCUCCCACCGCCGCCCCACUACCUGGCCGCCGCAGUCUCCUCCCACAUUGGCCCUACCUCCCCAGCACCCCAACUCCAACCACCUCCCGCCUCACCGCUGCCGCCGCCGCCACAGCCCUCCCUCACCCAGUCACGACCCACCACACCCGUCCCGUCUAAGGAGGAGGAGCUGCCGGGAUCACCCCCGCAAGCUGCAGCCCCCGGCGGCGGCCCGGCAGAAGCGGUUGACUCCGGAGCGGCUGCUGCCACCGCCCCUGCCGCUGCCGCCGCCUGCCCGCUGGUCCUGACGGCUGAGGAGAUGGAGGUGCUGCGGUGGGGCCGCAACGCGGGUGUCAGCAGCGUGCCGCGCAACGUGUCGGUGGGACUGUACAAGAAGGCGACCGCGGUGGAGGUGCUGGUGGCGCACAUGUACCUGACGGCGCCGCAGCGGUGCGCGCAGCUCAUCGCAGCGGCGGUGGCGGCGCCGCUGCUGGCAAGGCAGCUGCAGGACCAGCAGCAGGACCAGCAGGAGGAGGGCCCAUCUGGGUCGGAAGCUUAACGAUAGGGUUCCAUGUAGGGGCCACAGCAGUGGGAAGCGCGUCGCCCUUGGGUUGGAUUGCACUGGGGAAAGAAGGAGAAGAAACCAUGCUGGGGAGAAGAGACGCAGGAUGAUGGGAGCGUGAAGAGCUCUAAUGGGACCCGGGGCCCGCUGCGUUGAGUGGUGCACGCAAAGGGAGUGGGAAGUUGGAAAGCUGUGUGCAGGAGGGCUGGCAGGUGGGUGAUGGGUGCCCAGGAGUGCUGGGUGCGGCGGCCGGAACUCCUUGGAAGGUAGCUGCUUAAGAAAGGCUUGCUCGGUUACAAGGGCAGCUGCUGAUCACCGCUGAUGCAUUAAUCCUUGUGCCAUUCUUUUCUUGCUGCCGACAUUUGGUGUUGUAAUCAACACAAGCAUGCAGGGUGCUGCGACGAGGGUGUUUGAAGGACGUAGAUACUGGGGGGCAUGAAUCAUGAAAACGUCACCAGCGAUUGUUGGAG